AUGGAAGUAGAAGAUACGCCCGAUAUUAUCGCGGCUGUUCGCUCGGACAACGUGGAUUUGUUAAGCCGUUGCUUGUCCGAAGGAUGUCAGCAAAUUGAUAUAGACCAGGCUCUCUGUGAGGCUGCACAGAAGGGAAAUCCAACUGUUGUAAAAAUUUUACUACAAAAUGAUAACCCCAAACCUAACCUACGUUUUGUAUAUGAACACAACCAGCGGGCGAUACACUACGCGUGUGUUGGAGGAAACACAGAAGUGGUCAAACUUUUGUAUCAGGCUGGCUCGGCCAUCCACGCGGCAGAUGAACUGGGACAACAUCCGUUACACAUUGCCGCUAAACUCGGACACGUGGAAGUGGUCAGAUAUCUGUUGUCUAAAAGUGCGCAUAUCAAUUCCAGUAAAACAUUUGACGUGCACGCAACACCACUUCACUUGGCUGUAGAAGCCCGACAAUUAGAUUGCGUGGCGGUGUUAGUUGAUUCCGGCCGAGCGAACCUCAAUACCCGAACAUCCCGCAAAGAGGGAGGCAACACACCGCUACACAUUGCAAUCCUCUGCAAAUUCCUGGAGGGGGUACGAUUGCUUUGUGACCGCGGAGCUGAUGUCAACGCCCCAUCUUCGGCGGGUGGGAAGUCUCCACUGUAUUUUGCAGCUAAUAUGGAGGAACCAGAAUUUAUUUGGUGUCUGCUGGCAGCUGGGGCAGAUGUUAACGCUAGAACAACGCAGGGCUUGACACCCUUGAUAACAGCAUCCUUGAGUAACAGACAGGAAAAUGCCAUGGCACUGAUAGAGUAUGGUGCCAAUGUAAACUACUCAGACGAUGACAAUGGACUUACGCCAGUUAACGCUGCCAUCACAGCUGGGGCCGAUCUUACUCUCCGUGUUCUUCUAGCCGCUGGAGCAGACCCAAACGCACUUACAAGAAGGCGUGAACAUCCCCUGUUGACGGCAGCCUCCCUCGGAAACCCACUAUGUGUGCGGCAUUUGUUAGAGGCAGGGGCGAACAUCGACGCGAGGACUCCGAAGGACGCUACUGUUCUACACAGGUGUCAGAGAAUAAAAUAUGGUGAGGCACGUGAUGGGGUUGUGCACGCUUUGAUUGAGGGCGGGGCCCAGCUGAACGUGUAUAACAAUGAGGGAUACACGCCUCUCCAUAACUGUGUUUUCCAAACGACACUGGACAACUUCUCAUUAUCCACACUCAAACUUAUGAUAAUGGCAGGGGCUAGGGUAGACCUAGGAAAACAGAGCAACAAAAAGAUAGGAAGCUCGGGUUUGAUGCGGAACUCUCCAUUAUGUUGGUUAGUCUGGAACAAUUACAUUGAAGCUGCUGAGUAUCUUGUCCGAUGUGACUGGUACCUGUUUGACGAGAACUGGAUGUAUCUUCCCGGGAAAACACGUGAACAUGAAGAGUUUAACCAGCGAAUACGGUACAUUUCGAGCCAGCCCUUCUCACUGACGUCAUGUUGUCGCUUGGCAAUACGUGAGCAACUCCGCCUGUGCUCUGGGGACCGAGAAAUUCUUAGCCGUAUAUGUAUGUUGAAGUUGCCGACCCAAAUCAGAGACUUUCUUAGCCUGCGGGAAUAGUAUUAUCGUUCUCGAUUUUUAUCAAAGGUUUCUCUUCCCAGAGAAAUAGAGGGCAUGCUCUCGAAUUUCAUUAUGGCGUUACCCGAACUGCAUCAAAGGCUUUUUCAGCCUGUGGAAUAGAAGUCGCGCUCACAAACUCCAUCAAGUCUUAUUUCAGCUUGCGAAAUUGGUAUUCGCACUUCCAAAUUCCAUCAACGGCUUUUUCAGCCAGAAAGAAUGAUAGCUGUGCUCCUGAACUCCAUCAAAGGCUCUGUCAUCCUGCGGAAUAUCCACAACGUCAUCAAAGGUUUCACAUUAGAAGGCGCGCUCCCCAAGCUCCUUCAAAGGAUUUCACAGUCUGGAGAAAUAGAAGGCGCGCUUCCGAACUCCACAAAGGGCUUUCACUACCUACAAGAAUGUUCAAGAAUUCCAUCAAAGGCUUCCACAGCCUGCAGGAAUAGUAAGGUCGCUCCAUCAAAGGCUUUCAACCGCAGCAGUAAUCGUCGUGCUCUUGAAAUGUACUUCGUCGUUGGUAUGCCUCGUCCUACAUGACGCUUUUGCAAUUAAUCAAAGGUCACGCUGAUUUGGUGAACUGCCAACAGACGAUCGAGCUACAUGUUGUAUACUUGAGCUGAGGUAACUUUCACAGAUCAUCGAACCACGAGUUAUACACCAGGACUGACGUCCAUAGAUCAAUGAACUACGUAUUAUGUAGAAGAGAUGACGUCCAUAGAUCAAUGAACCACGGAUUAUGUAGAAGAGAUGACGCCCAUAGAUCAAUGAACUACGUAUUAUGUAGAAGAGAUGACGUCCAUAGAUCGAUAUACCACAGAUUAUGUAAAAGAGAUGACGUCCAUAGAUCAAUGAACCACUCAUUAUGUAGGAGAGAUGACGCCCAUAGUUCGAUGAACCACGGAUUAUAUAAAAGAGGUGACGUCCAUAGAUCGAUGAACCACGGAUUAUGUAGAAGAGAUGACGCCCAUAGAUCGACGAACCACGGAUUAUGUAAAAGAGGUGACGUCCAUAGAUCAAUGAACCACGGAUUAUGUAGAAGAGGUGAUGCCCAUAGAUCGAUGAACCACGGAUUAUGUAAAAGAGGUGACGUCCAUAGAUCAAUGAACCACGGAUUAUGUAGAAGAGAUGACGCCCAUAGAUCGACGAACCACGGAUUAUGUAAAAGAGGUGACGUCCAUAGAUCGAUGAACCACGGAUUAUGUAAAAGAGAUGACGCCCAUAGAUCGAUGAACCACGGAUUAUGUAGAAGAGAUGAUGCCCAUAGAUCGAUGAAUCACGGAUUAUGUAAAAGAGAUGACGUCCAUAGAUCAAUGAACCACGUAUUAUGUUGAACAGAUGACGCCCAUAGAUCGAUGAACCAGGUAUUAUGUAGAAGAGAUGACGUCCAUAGAUCAAUGAACCGGGCAUUAUGUAGAAGAGAUGACGCCCAUAGAUCGAUGAAUCAGGUAUUAUGUAGAAGAGAUGACGUCCAUAGAUCAAUGAACCACGUAUUAUGUAGAAGAGAUGAACCACGUGUGAAAAUUUAGAAGUCCACCGAUUAUCGAAACACGUGUGAUGUGCAAGUGAAGACGGUCACAUAGCGGCAAACCACAUUCCAAUUAUCUCCCUUUAGUUACAAGGCUCGUCAGCUACUUGUAAACUCUUGAUGAGAACGAACUAUUCAGAGCUAAAGUUCACCUCUGUAUUAUAUAAGUUUGAAGACUCCGUCAUUUCAGGAUA